AUGUUAUACUCAAUAUUGAGUUUAUUAUUAAUUACUCCAGGAGUUUUCGGGGUGGAAUUUAAACUGGAGGCUGAAGAAUUUGAAGACAAUGAUGGUAGUUCGGUUAAAAUCGCUGGAUCUAAGCAUGUGAAGAUUCCAUUCUGUUUACGAAGAGAUGGUAUAGUAAACUUGACACCAAUUUCCACGAACGGGAGUGGAAUUUUGAAUUUCCAAAUAGACGGAAAUGAAAUACCAGGGGCAAACGUUCCUUGUCCCGAAAAAGGCAAUACGUCAGGUGGUAGACGUACAUUUUUGACCAGAGGCCGCCAUGUUCUUAUGAUUUCAGCUGAGGGAGGGGAGAGUGAUCUGGACGCUGUAAAACUUGAUGUAGAUGAUGACAUGCUAACGGAUGCUCAGCUUCAUUGUGAAGUGUUUUGUCAACCAGAAAUACCACAACAUGAUGCACAUCCAACAGAGAAGAGUCCUUGCGCCAAAGUCGUUCAAAAGAGCAAACCAAGUAAGUGUGCUGAAGAGAAGAACGUCUUUAUGGAUUUUUAUCAAGAAAAAUUGAAGAAGUUUCGAAUCACUGCCCAGCAUCCUGCAUACAGAAGUCUGUUGAACGCUCGUCAAGGUGACAAAACCAACUGUUUUAAAUUGGAGGAGAACAUAUGGGAAUUCAAAUAUGACGAAAUAAAACGUUUAAUUGUACAAAAAGAAGACGCCACAUUAGAAGUUAAAGAACGUCCGGGACGCUGCUUCCUGUACGGCGUAUCGUUUCAUUUUAGCCAUGUUCUUCAUGACAUUAACGUCACAGAUAUAAGCGGAUCUUUGGUAUUGGAAUUUCCUGAUCAAACAUUGCAAGGUGACAUGGAGGUGAAGAUGUCGGUAGGCGACACUGUAAUUAUUGACAACACCAUACGCUUGGAUUCUGGACAGACCACUUAUGAAGUUCCUUACCCCAAAAACCUGUGGCAUAAAUCCAAUAAUAAAGUUGAAGUGAAGGUUUGUGGUGAGGGAAGCCAGAACAUUAAGUCCAUCAAGUUGACCAGACGGAAGUUAUCUAAAGAACAAGGGGAGAAGAUAUAUGACGAUGGCGAGUUUGUGGUAGAGAAAGUUAAGCAUGAUAUGUGGUGGCUCGGAGAUCCUGGAAUGAAAGUGACCAUCAACGGAACCAAUAUUACAGAUACAGCCCAUUAUAUUCGAGUCUACAAUCGGGUUGCAUGGGGAGACUACUCUCAGAAUUUCGUUAUUUAUCAAGAUGGCGUCAUUCGACUCCUACCACCAACGACUCAUGGUACUGAUUGGAUACCGUUUGGUACGUUUCUGUUAUCUGGUAGAUUUGAUCCCGAUGCAGAACGAGUAAGCUCACGAAUAGACCAGAUCACCAUCGAACCUGAAACCUCUGAGCUGAGAGUACACUACUCUGAUGGUAAUAUCUGGAGAUAUAAAUUGAACGUUGGUUUAGAUAAAACUGAUGUAGACGUUGAAGUUGAAACUGCCAAUGAAGACCUGUCGAAUCUUCCCUUCCUUCAGAUGCGAUCUAUGUAUGUAGAAGAUGGGACAUCAAACGUAGAUAGAAUGAGCGUGAAUGGUCUUCCUGAACACCAGAUCAUGGAAGAUUGGUCCGCAUUGUAUGGAUCUUCUUUCUUCUUCUAUCGAGGUUGUAUCUCUGAGUACCAUACCCAAUCACCUGAUACACAUGUUCAACUUUUAGAUUAA